AUGAAAAUUGGAGAUUUAAAAGCACUUGGCUUAGUUCAUUAUACUCCGGUCGGUGCUAUUGAAGCCCUUUUAGAAGCGACCCAUGUUCUAACUCAUUUGUCUUGGUGGGGGUCAAUUGUCGCCACUACUUUACUUAUUCGUCUUUUACUAUUUCCAAUUGCGAUAAAAUCUGCACAAAGAAAUGCCAAAUUAUCAAAUUUGUCCCCUGUAAUUCAAAAGACAAUGGAACAAAUCAAAAGUGCACAUCGAGCAAAAGAUCAACAAAUAGUCGCGGAGAAAACCUCGGAAUUACACCAGAUUUAUAAAGCCAACGAUGUUCAUCCACUAAAAAUGCUUGGAGCUGGACUCUUUCAAGCUCCGGUUUUUAUUAGUUUCUUUAUGGCGUUAAGAGAUAUGUGUAAUCUCCCUGUGCCGGGCUUUCGAGAGGGUGGCAUUGCAUGGUUCACGGAUUUGACCAUGAAGGAUCCGUAUUUCGUGCUGCCUCUUUUAUCAAGUUUCGGAUUUAUAACGAUUAUUGAGGCUGUUGUACUGUAUAUUGCAACAUCAUCUUUCUUCUCUAUGGGACAAUUUGUAUUAUUAAAUGCGAAAUUUAUGCGUCGUAAAUUUAAAAUUCCUGACUUGAUUAAGCAACCAACUCCAAAGAUGCCGGAAAAAUCUUUUAUGGAACAAGUUAAAGAGUUGUUUGCUGAGGAAGAGACAUCCAAGGAGGAAAAUAAUAAUCGAAGGAAACGAAGACGUUUAUGA